UAAUACUUCUUACCAAGGUCCGCAACGUAAAAAUGCCGAUAUAAUGGCACCAUAUCUAUUUCUAGGAUUUUUACCAGUUAGUCUGACCAACAAAAGCACUACACAAGGAUACCGUGCUGCAAAACAUGACUUUACCUUCAAAAACUGUGACGCCAAUCCGAACAGUUAUAUUACUUUCUACUAUAAUCCAAAUAAAACCUAUCCUGGUAGAGUUGGUGUUAGUAAUAAUUUUAUGAACGGUUGGAUUAAUUGGUCUUCUACAUUAUCUCAAAGUGAGUAUAUGAAUAAUGAAUUCUUUUUCGAUUUUGAGAUGCACAUGGGAGGUUGUGGUGGAUUCAUGACGUCGUAUUCUGUGAACAAUAUCAGCACAGCCUUAGGAUUACCUGUUUAUAAAGACUAUACCCAGACCUCAUCAACUGUAAUAAGAACAUCCACAGUGCUCACUACGGACGCAGUUGUAGUAACCAAUGCAACAACUUCACCGUUAACAAAUAAAGACAUGAAUGAAAUAGGAAUGGUUAUUGGACUUGUUGUGGGUCUGGUAUUGUUCAUACUUGUUCUGGUUGUAAUUUCUAUAUUCAUUCGAAGGUCUUUUGGAUCGAACAAAUUAAAAGAAUCGAAGGAAUGUUAUACUGGAUCUCAAAAUAAUGAUAUGGCACGUGAGACUGGACUUCCAAACAACACUCAGUACCUGGAUUUAAAAAAAGACAACUACCGAUUAUCACUACCAAAACCCCGCAAACCGUGCAGUUUCUGGUAGAAAACGAGAUUUAAAGCAAACAAAUUCAAAUUAUGAUUAUGCUACUGUUGACCCAUCUAGUGAACAAAGUCAUAUUUCUGAGAUAAUAUCUAACAAUGCAUCUUCAAACAACUACUUAGUUUUAGACCCAAAUAUAACGGGUUAUAACCGAUUUGAAGGUAAAACCAAAAACUGAUCAAUAUGAACUUGCCCAUCCAAUCAAUACGCGUAAUGAUAAAACAGGCUUUAUUACCAAACCAGAUCGCACAGAUAAUACGUAUGGUCUUCUUGAAGAAGGGGUGUAUGAUUCAUCACGCGACAAACGACAUAAACAAUCUACAACCUACAUUUACAGUCAUACUGUCGAUACGGUAUAUGAUUCUGCAAGUCGUUUCAGGUCGGAUUCGGAAAAUCAAGACACGUACGAUCAUUUCAUUGGAGGGAAAACAGAAGACAAUUACGAUAUUUCAAAAUGUUCUUAAUUUUUCAAAUCACACAGAAUACACUUUUCUAUCAAUUAUCAUAUUCUUUGAAAAAGUCUUUUCUGUAACAGUUAUUAACGAAGGAAAUACAAUUCCUCAGAAAAAAAAAUUUUGUCAGUCAUUUUGCCUGAAGUAUUCCCAUAUCUCAGAGACUAGAAAGCAAUAAUUCUACUCUAAUUUGUCGACAAAGAGAACACAAUGUCUACUUUUUGCAGCCAAUGAUAAUUAAUAAAAUAUUAUAUAGAAUAUAAAAAUAAUGUAUAAAUUCAGGGGUAAUAACAACAAGAAGGUAAAACAGAAAAAAAAAUAUAACAAAAAGAAAAAACG